GUCAACUGGGACGGAUUUCUACAGUGUCUGUCUGCCUUUCUUGUGUGGCUCACUCAGUUAAUGGCCUGUGCAGCUUGUCACAGUGGACCCUGAUCAGUGCAAAUCAUUCCUUUUUCCAGGCCAUUAAUCAGUAGAACGUUUGGACGGGCACGAUGAUCAAGUUGUUCUCUCUGAAGCAGCAAAAGAAGGAGGGCGAAGCAUGCCCGAAGCAAGGAACUCAAAAGAAGGCCACUGCCGCCCAGCUGCGCAUAACCAAAGAUCUAAACGAGCUGAACCUGCCGAAGACCUGCGACACCGAGUUUCCAGACGCGAAUGACCUGCUUAACUUCAAGCUGAUCAUCAGUCCAGAUGAGGGAUUCUACAAGGGAGGCAAGUUCGUGUUCAGCUUCAAGGUCGGACCCAACUAUCCUCACGAGCCGCCAAAGGUCAAGUGUGAAACGUCAAUCUACCACCCCAAUAUCGACCUUGAGGGCAACGUUUGUCUCAAUAUUCUGCGCGAGGAUUGGAAACCCGUCUUAACUGUCAACAGCAUCAUUUAUGGGCUCCAAUACCUUUUCUUGGAGCCUAACCCUGAAGACCCUCUUAACAAAGACGCAGCUGAAAUUCUACAGAACAACAGACGGAUGUUCGAACAGAACGUGAUGAAGGCAAUGCGAGGUGGCUACGUAGGCACCCAGUACUUUGAGCGCUGUCUCAAGUGAUUUCGCCUGCUCUCCGUCUCUUCAGCAAAACACCAGCAGAGCCAAACAAACUAAGCUAAAUUCUUUCAAAAUAAAUCGAGAGACUCGCCGUGUUUCCUUCUCCACUUACUUUUAUUCUGUUCAAGUGCAAGUGCUGUUUUCUAUGUUGUUUCCUUUAUUUUUAUCCCAUUGAUUGAUUGAGUUGAGUUGCAACGCACGCACGCAUAGUUGAAUCUGUUUGCUUGCUUCGGAGAGAAUGAGAAAAGUGCUUUAGUGGCGAGUGAUCCCAGCUUCUCGAGUGCACCGUGGACCAUUUUUUGGAUCCGGUUAAUCAGUGGAAAAAUUAUUUCAAACAUCUUUCGCGAGCACCGUCGUCAUUUAGGAAACAAAAUCACAAGACAGCGCCUGAAGAGCUUCUGAGAGAACGCCCUUUGUAACUGCAUUAAAUUAAGUGAUAAGGAUUUUCAAUUAAUGUAAUCAGGAAACCUUUUCAUGGUUAUAUAUAUGGCUUCAUUAUUUAAUGACAUACCUUUCAAGGUCUUUGUAAUAGUUGAAUCGAAUUUUCAAAUUUUGUUAAUUAUUUGAAUUCGGAAAUAAAUUGAAUCUAAUGUUAA